AUGGCAGCCCAGAUCCCCCAGGGUAAGCCUCAACCUUUGCAGCACCCUCUCAUCGGCUCUCUUCAGGGAAGGUACGGUAAAGGAGCGAUUCAAUAUCUGGGUGUUCAAUAUGCGUCUCUUGAGAAUCGUCUUGCAGAGCCACAGGUCAUGGAAUACCCCAAGCGCCUUAAUUUAGACACUCGUAAGCAUGGGCCACCAGUCAUCACCCCGGCCGGUGCUGCGGAUAUGGAAAUGAGUUUUAUUCAGCAACACCUUCCGAAACCAGAACUUCCACCGAUGUCGGAUACUAAGGGGCUCAACCUCAACAUUACUGUUCCGAUUGAUGGUGGUGAGAACCUUCCGGUCAUGGUCUACAUUCAUGGCGGUGGCUUCGCCUUUGGUUCAAGCGCCUAUCCGCACUAUGACCAAACGAAAGUUGUUGAACUCUCUGGAAUAAUGGAUCAGCGAGUAGUGGCCGUGAAUCUGAACUACCGCCUUGGAAUACCUGGGUUUUUAACCUCAGAAGAGCUUCGUUGGGCCGGUUUCAAGGCUAAUAGAGGCCUCAUGGAUCAAAAAGCAGCUUUGCAAUGGGUAAAGAGAUAUAUUUCAGGGUUUGGGGGAGAUCCUCAAAGAGUCACUGUGAUCGGCCAGAGCGCUGGCGCAGGUAAGCAAGACACAACUAUACACAAUGGAAACUUUCCAUUGAUCUGA